CAUAUUACAAUACAAGCGGAAAUUGAUGGAAAUUUGACUCAACGUAGUUACACACCAACAAGUUCUGAUGAUGAUAUUGGACACUUUGACCUUGUUAUAAAGACUUAUCCUAAUGGCAACAUAUCAAAAUGGAUUGACGGUCUUGAAGUGGGACAAGCGAUUACUGUUAAAGGUCCUAAGGGUAAAUUUAUAUAUAAACAAGGAUUAGUGAGAGCUUUAGGAAUGAUCGCUGGUGGUACUGGAAUAACACCAAUGCUACAGAUUAUCCGAGCAAUUUGCAAAGAUCCGACGGAUAAGACGCGUGUCAGCCUUAUAUUUGCGAAUGUGACUUAUGAUGAUAUUCUCUUAAAAGACGAAUUAGAUUCUCUCGCUGCUCGUCAUGAGAAUUUCACUGUAUAUUAUUCAUUAGACAAACCUCCACAAGGUUGGACAGGCGGUUCCGGGUUCGUUACUCCUGAAGUUAUACAAAAAUAUUGUCCACGCCCUGCCGAUGAUAUCAAGAUAUUGUUAUGCGGUCCUCCUCCCAUGGUUUCUGCAAUGUCCAAACAUUGCGAAAACUUGGGCUACGAUAAAGCUCGAACCAUUUCAAAAUUGGAGGAUGACUAUUGUUUAAGAGAUGAAAUUAAAGAAAUUAAAUCUAAGAAUUUAGAAGGAAUAUCAGUGGGCUACACUAGUCUCAGUCUUGAAGAAGCUGAAUUCUGGGCCAGACGAGUUUUGUGCUAUAACAAGUUGUUGAAUAAAGAGGCGGCCUUGGGUAUAGCUUGA